AUGCUCCAACCAAUCAUAAAAUCAUCCACUUCCAAAUACAAAGAUCCUUUUGUAUUACCAACACAAAAACGAAGUGAUGUUAAUAAUAAUUCAGUAAUCACAAUAGAUGAUAUCGAAAAUGAUGAUCCCCAUGAAGACUUACAAAUGGAUUCAGUUGCAAUAGAUAAUUGUUUGGAUAAUGAAUCAACUUUACAAUCAUAUAACUCAAUUUCUGGUCUACCAAAACGUGCUAUACAUUUAAAAAUUAAACAACCAUGGGAACUGAAUGGGGAGUUUAAAUGGUUAGAUAAUAUGAAACAACUUCAGAUAGAAAAUCCCACUAUUGAAAUACAAGAAAGAAAUUCUACUGAUAGAAUAAUCGAACUUCAAAAUCACAUUGCAAAAUUAGAAAAUGAAAUCAAUAUAAAAGAUCAAUUAAAUGAAGGUCUGAGAGAAACCCAAGCUCAACUUAGUGAAACAGCAAGAAUGUGCAAUGAGAAUGCGACUAUGGUAAUGGAUGCUCAAGGAUGGAUGAAAAAUUAA